CUUUCACCGUUUAUCUUGCGGUGACAUCUAGUGGUUGAUUUUAGAACUCACCAACUGGGCGGGGCUUUGAAUUACGUCAUGACGCCUUUGUCUUACGUAUGAAGAAUCUCGCCGACACCGACAGUCAGGUUGUUUACUUGACGGUGUCGAACAUUACCUGCACUAAUAGCGAGGUUUACAAAGGCAAACUUAAAACCGAAACGGUCUUGACUUUGUAAUCACCAUGUCGUUUUGUUCGUUUCUUAAUAGUGAGGUUUAUAAAGACCAUUUUAAGCCAGGGAUAUACGUGUGCUCCCAGUGCCGCCACCCUCUCUUCUCCAGCAGGUCAAAGUUCGCACACUCCUCCCCCUGGCCUGCCUUCACUGAGACCAUCAGAGAAGACAGCGUCACCAAGAUGAUGGAGUCUCUCACCGCCUUCAAGGUGCUGUGUGGUAAGUGUGGGAGCGGCCUGGGCCACGAGUUUGUGAACGACGGCCCUGAGGAGGGGCGCUCGCGGUUCUGAAUAUUCAGCCACUCGCUUAAGUUUGUCCCCAACAAAGACAAGCAGUAGAGGCGAGGAGGUUAGGAGCCAACACAGGAAGUGCUGUAGAAAGUAGGAAGCUGUAGUCCGCACAACAACAACAACCGCCACCACCCCAGGCCUCCAUGUUGGAGGGGCUGGUCAGCCAGUGAUGUGGACGGGGUUCAAGCCUGAGAAGGACACCCUGUCACACUGAUGAACAUCUGACCUGCCUGGGGCACUAGGACCUGGGGGUGAUCAGGUAUCCCAGCCAGAGAAUCAUGCCCUGGAGACCUCUUAUAAACUUAAUUGAUAAGGAUAUCUUAUCAAGAGUGCAAUGAUUUCCGUUGUGAUAAUAAAAAGGAUGUGCAAAGUAUUUACAUUUUAAUUUAGACCUCAUAGCUCCUUGCAGUCCAAGCAGGGUACAAGAAACCGAUGUAUUUAUGUAAUCUUUAGAUUUUAGACCAAUGGACCAAUGGGAGCAAGGAGGAAGCAAAUGUAUCUCUAAAUGUUAGCAUUUUAAUUUCUUUACUAACAUUUGCUUCCUUCAAUUUUUAUGAUUUCAAACCCACGUUGAGGGGUAUUCUGUAUACUUACUGUUUCUUAACUUGAAUGCCUAUUUGCACUAUGAGCCAUGCUAUUAUUAUUCUUCAACGAAUUUGUAUGAUUCCUCAUUAGUGUUCUGUAUGUUAUUUAUGCAUUUGUUUUUAGAUAAAUGUUAGAAUAAUUAAUUUCAAUACAUGGUGUUUGAUUGUAGUUUUAUUUAAUUGUAUCAGCCAAAGCAAUACCUAAGCUAUGUUUGUUUUUGAAUCAGUUACGUACUUUAGCAGUCUUAUCUCAUUUGUCCUUGUUGAUAAAGACAUUGAUGACCUCAUGGUUUUCACUCUUAUAACUCAACUAAAGAGAGUGACAAUAAAUAAGUGACCAAAGUUGGA